GACUCCAGCAGAAUACCCCACUCCUUUGAAGAGCUCAGAGGAAGAUGUCAGCUCAGUCUCUUCCCGCAGCAACACCCCCUACUCAGAAGCCCCCAAGGAUCAUCCGCCCCCGUCCUCCUUCUCGACCUAGGGCUCCCCAGUCCCCAGGGCCCUCCUACAAUGGCUCCUCUCCCCAAGAACCUCUCCUCACUUCCAAUGAGGCACCAACCCCAAUGUGCACCCCCAUUUUCUGGGAGCCCCCAGCCUCUUCUCUCAAGCCCCCUGCCCUCCUGCCCCCCUCAGCUUCUAAAACCAGCCUUGACUCUCAAGCUUCUCCAGAGACACCUCCUAGCACCCCAAGUCCAGUGUCCAGGCGUUCCAUUUCCCCAGAACUUACUUCCCUAUCUCCAGUCCCCCAACCCAAACCUGGGGGGUCACUCCCCACAACCCUGCCCAGAGUUCUGCCCCGGGAAGGGGGUUCUGCCUCAGCCCCAGGCACUGUGCGGAGACUGGCUGGCAAGUUUGAAUGGGGGGCAGAAGGCAAGGUCCAGUCUGGGGAUACCCUGGAGUCUGAGACUCAAGGGGCAGUGGAUGUGAACGGGCAGAAUAUGACUUCCCAGGGUACCCUCACUGGGAGUGGGGUUCAGGAGAACGGAGCUGCAGAUGCUGCCUUGGCUUGCCCUCCCUGCUGCCCCUGUGUCUGCCAUGUGACCCGGCCUGGCCUGGAGCUCCGAUGGGUGCCUAUGGGGGGCUAUGAAGAUGCUCUCAGGGUCCCCUGCCGGGCCUCCCCACUAAGAACCUCACGCUCUCGAGCAAACCCUCAGAGCGCCAAUCACCCCCCUGUCGUGCUCACUUCCUACCGCUCCACUGCUGAACGCAAACCCUUGCCACCCUUAAAGCCCCCCAAGCCAGUGCGAGUCAAACAGGAUGCCCCCCUUCCUGGGGAUGCCCCACCGUUAGACCUCGAGCUGCCCUCUGAAGAUGGAAACCAAGCAGGGGACAUUCCUGAUGAAGCUCCUCAAAGCACCCCUCCGGCCACCCUGGAGGCCAGGGACAAGGAAGUGCUGGAACUGCUGAAGGAUCAGAACUGGGAGUUGCCAUUACAGGAUGAACCCUUGUACCAGACCUACCGGGCAGCCGUGCUGUCAGAGGAGCUGUGGGGAGUGGGCGAAAAUGGGGCUCCUGCACCAUCAAAUCCUGGGGACGCUCCGGCCUUUUCACGCCUUCCUGGACCGAGGAACACACUCUGGCAGGAGCUUCCAGCUGUGAGGGCCAGCGGCCUCCUGGACACCCUCAGCCCCCAGGAGAGGCGCCUGCAGGAGAGCCUAUUUGAAGUGGUGACAUCCGAGGCCUCCUACCUGCGCUCCUUGCGUCUGCUGACAGACACCUUCGUGCUGAGCCAGGCCCUGAGGGACACUCUGACACCCCGGGACCAUCACACCCUCUUUUCCAACGUGCAAAGAGUGCAGGGGUGUCAAGUGAGGUUUCUGGGAACAUUGCUGUCCCGUGGUGCGGGCUUCCCACACAUCAGUGACCUAUGUGAUGUGGUGCAUACCCAUGCAGUGGGGCCUUUCUCCGUGUAUGUGGACUACGUCAGGAACCAGCAGUACCAGGAGGAGACCUAUAGUCGUCUCAUGGACACAAAUGUGCGUUUCUCUGCGGAACUGCGACGACUGCAGAGUCUCCCCAAAUGUGAGCGGCUCCCGCUGCCAUCUUUCCUGCUGCUUCCCUUUCAGAGGAUCACCAGACUUCGCAUGUUGCUGCAGAAUAUCCUGCAUCAGACCGAGGAGGGCUCCAGCCGCCAGGAGAAUGCCCAAAAGGCCUUGGCCGCUCUCAGCAAGAUCAUUGAGCGUUGCAGCGCUGAGGUGGGACGCAUGAAGCAGACAGAAGAACUGAUCCGGCUCACCCAGAGGCUGAGAUUUCACAAAGUCAAGGCCUUGCCUCUGGUCUCUUGGUCCCGGCGCCUGGAGUUGCAGGGGCAGCUGACUGAGUUAGGGUGCCGGAAAGGGGGUGUCCUCUUCAACUCGCGUCCACGCUUUACUCCCCUCUGCCUGCUCCUUUUUAGUGACCUGCUCCUCAUCACCCAGCCCAAGAGUGGGCAGCGGCUGCAGGUUCUGGACUAUGCCCAUCGCUCCCUGGUCCAGGCCCAGCAGGUUCCAGAUCCCUCUGGACCCCCUACUUUCCGCCUCUCUCUUCUCAGCAACCACCAGGGUCGCCCCACUCACCGACUUCUCCAAGCUUCAUCUCUUUCAGACAUGCAGCGCUGGCUGGGAGCUUUCCCCACUCCAGGUCCCCUUCCCUGCUCCCCAGAUACCAUCUAUGAGGACUGUGAAUGUUCCCAGGAACUUGGUUCAGAGCCUUCUGCACCGGUCAAGAAUGAAGCACAGAACCCGGAACCCAAGGCUCCCUUCAAGCCUUUGCACAAGAGCCCUGAAGGCUGGCUGAAGGGGCUUCCUGGGGCCUUCCCUGCCCAGUUGGUGUGUGAAGUUACAGGGGAACAAAAGAGGAGGAAGCACCUUCGAAAGCACCACAGGCUUCUGGAGGCAGUUGGGUCCUCUUCAGGCACCUCCACCACCCCACCACCCUAAUACAGCCUGUGGAGGGGCCACAGGUUGGGACAUUUGACAGCAGGUGACAUGGAGAGGACAAAACCCACCCAUCCUUUGGCGCUGCUGUUAGUGGAAACUACUAGCAACCUUAGGAAUAAACUUGGGGAUAGGGAAGCCAAAGAGAAGAGGGCAGAGACCACUUAGGAGGGAGAAUGA